AAAGAAGAUGUGGAAUCUGAAGAUGAUGCUAAGUUGGAAGUUGAAGAAUUGGCUAAAUCUGUACCCCAAGGAACAGAUCAUACUCCGUAUAUUUUAGAUUCUGCACUUUCUGGCUUACCUGAUCGCUGGAAAAAUUGGGUAAUUAGAAGUAUUUUUACCUUGUUUAUGAUUGCUGGAUUUUGUGGAAUUAUUUAUAUUGGACCAUUAGCACUAAUGGCUACA